GCCCGCGGGAUGGUCGAUUAUUAUUACAUUUCGUACGCGUGAUUCUGUGAUCUCUGCCCCGGGCGUUGCCGAAUCGAUAGCGAUGCGUGGUGGUGCCAUAGACUCUGACUCACUUGUGAUAGACUGUGCGUUCUGUGAUAUGUUUGCCUUAGUAUAGAUAUAAUACGGCAUGAACCUUUACAUGCAGUGCCAUCGUGAGGUAAGCUGCUAGAAGAAAUCUUCUAAUUGAUGACCGAAAUAAGGAAACUUUCCGAAGAAAAUGACUUUUCGUUGUGUGCCCGCAUUUCAAACUGUGUCUAACGACAGUAACGCCACCUGGGAGCGCCUCGGCGGCGGCGGGCUGGGGUUGGGCGGCGGAGGGUUCCGCGGCGCGCAGCCCUCGCUCGCCGAUUUCCAGCCGCCCUACUUCCCGCCGCCCUUCGCGCCCUCAGCACAUCCUGCUAGUCCGCACCACCAGCAACAGGGCCAUGGCAUGGAAUACAGUGGUGGCAGUGGUGGGCCGGAAUACGCGCAGCACUAUGCCCCCCAGCAGCUGUUGCCUCGUCACCACGGACACCACGAGCCGCACGCACAUCUACGGCACCACCGUGACCACCACGACAUACACUCGCACCAUUUAUCACACGGUGGGUUCAGCUACGGAGCGGGCGGUGACAGGCGGGCGGACUACGGCGCUCGGGAGCAGCACGAAUUGGCACUCCACCACGCGCUCCACUCCACAGACGACACGCAGAAUGCAGGCAUGGAUGACACGACAGGGUUCAUGACAGACCUUCCAUUAUUAAAAACGAUGAAAGGUCGAGACGGAUUGGGAGGCGCGGGUACGUGCGCGCCAAACGACGUGUUCUGCUCUGUGCCUGGAAGACUAUCUCUUCUGUCUUCAACCAGCAAAUACAAAGUGACAGUGGCGGAAGUACAGAGGCGGUUAUCGCCACCGGAGUGUUUAAAUGCAUCAUUAUUAGGAGGCGUGCUCAGAAGAGCUAAAAGCAAAAAUGGUGGUCGACUGUUGCGGGAAAAAUUAGAAAAAAUCGGUCUCAACCUGCCAGCUGGUAGACGGAAAGCUGCCAACGUUACCUUACUUACCUCGCUAGUAGAAGCUGAAGCAGUGCACUUAGCCCGAGACUUCGGCUACGUGUGUGAAACAGAGUUCCCAGCGCGAGCCCUGGCGGAGUACCUCGCGCGGCAGUACGCGGAACACGAUGCCCGACGGCGCCGGGACUUGCUGCAGGCCACCAAGCAGGUGGUGAAGGAGGUAAUGGAUCUGCUGAACCAGGACCGGUCGCCGCUGUGCAACACUCGACCGCCGCAUUUGCUGGAACCUGCCAUCCAGCGACACCUCACGCACUUCUCGCUCAUCUCGCACGGCUUCGGUGGGCCCGCCAUCGUCGCUGCGCUCACCGCCAUACAGAAUUUCCUCAACGAGUCAUUAAAGCAUUUAGACAAAUUGUACCCGCAAAGCGGCAUGGUGUCAUCGUCGAUGGACAAGACGAAAAUGGAUCCGGACAUCAAGAAGUAACAAAUGCACUACCUCCGCGUGGUCCGUCGCAAGGCAACGCGAAAGUUAUGAGAUAUAAUAAAUUAAGUAAUAACUUGCAUUUUUUAUAAUGGCACUAUUUUCUAGGUUCUAUGACAUAGAGAUUGUUGAUUAUUCCCCGGAGUCAAACACAUCAGUGACGUUACCGAUCAGUCAACAUUGUGACCUGUGGCUAGAAUGCGCGCAACGAGAUAACUAUUUCUACUAUUUUCUCAUCCUAUUUCUAUGGGAUGGGAUUCUAUGGGAUAAUGGGUAGAGACAAUUAUCGCGUUAUGCGCAUCUUAGCCACAAAGGUCAUAAUAAUAAGUGAUCGAGUCUUAGUGUAGACACACAACACGCCCUAGCUGCAAAAUUGCGAAAAUGCAGUCCAUCAGUGUAGACACUUAGCCAGCGUUGCUCUAACCGUGUGUAUUGCAAUAUCAAUGAAUGCCCUACUACUUUCUUUUGUUAGAGAUUUGACUGAAGUAACGCCUGCUUCUAUCCAAUAUCCAAUACUGAUUUGUGUCGAUGAACCUCUAAGGAUCAUGGACACACAUCAUUCAGGUCUUCGUCACGUGACUGGGCAGUUAAAAUUUGUAUGAGCCGUGCCGUGACGUACUGGGAAACGUGUAACUGACAGCGAAUUCCUUAAAAUUUUUGAGGGAUCGGUGACGUUUCUGAGACGUGAUCUGUGUGUAUGAACCCUUUAGCAAAACAAAUAUUUUGUAAAACACUCUACUCGAGACCACGCCACGCGGUACGUGUUAAGUCAAAUUAAAUCAGUCUUUUAUGGCUAAAGUCACCCGAGGUAAACUGUGACGUUUCGGUUUGUGGCAGUAUUUGUAAAAAAAAAAAUCUAAAUAACAACCUUCAACCAAGCAAACUUCCUUAAAUUAAAAUACCUUUCAUCUUACAAAUGCUUUAGAAGUUGUGAAUAUUUACAAAUAAUAUAUUUAUUGAAGUCGGUUUUCAUUUUUUUCAAGUGAUUUAUGGGGUGCAAAAAUAAUAUUAACAACUUUGCCAUUUCUUUUUAGUUUACCACCUACAAACAAUACGUUAAUAAUAAUGAUACGUUAAGUUAAUAACGCAAGAUACUUUGGCCGUCCGGCCAAGUGAUCGUGCUUUUCUGACAACUGUCAACUUAGACAAUUUGUUCAUUGUUGUCAAUAUUGAGAAGAAGAACUAUAAAGAAUAUAGUUAAAAAUAUUUAACUAGAACCUUUAAAAGAACUUAUUGAGAUCAUCCCCUUAUUAAAAAUAAAUGGAUUUUAAUUCCUUCGCUUUUCUAGGAUAUUAGUAAGUAAUACUACGAUUUGAUUCGUCUCAACACGUAUAAUGGGAUGGGUUUUGUUGUGCGAGAGCUGAACAAAAUUUGUUUGUCUGAUGUUGAAUCUAUAAACACACCACUGAAUUUUCAACUGUUUGAGCUACAAGGUAAAUAAUAAAAUUCUGCCAUACAACACAGCUAGCAUAGGCAGGAGACAAAAAUGUAUCCUCCGCUUCAAUUAUAUCCACUCACAGGGGAUAAAAUGUACUUGUCCACUUACCAAAGCACGACAACAGAGGAAAAGAGAAAUUAUAUUAUAUUCACCAUAUUAUUUCCACACGUACGAGAGUGAUAAAUCUUUUGGGAGAUAUACAUUUUGUCCUUUCUCCGAAGAGAAAAUGUAUCUUGCCCAUGCUAGCCAUGCGGAUUGAUACAUAUAAAUUAUACAGUACAAAUAGGUACUUAUUUACAUUUGGAAGUUCGUGACAGAGCGUGACAUAACUGGAUUCGAUUUUUUAGAACUUUGCAAACUGAAAUACCUAAAACGCUUCUUUGUUUAGCCAUUUUUAAUUGCUUACACAAAAUAAAACAUAACA